AUGGAGAAGCUGAUUCUUAGAGGCGGUCGUCUCUGGAGAGGGCAGUUCUACCCGCCAUGUGUGCCUCGGCAACGACUUUUGUCCUCUUACAUCAAGGUUGUCCCUACGACUGAUGCAAGCUCCGUUACGGCCCCUCCAUUACGAGACAAAACUGCUCUGCCCGAAACCCCCUGCCGAACCCGUUUUGCGCCUUCACCUACGGGGUACUUACAUUUGGGCUCACUGCGGACUGCACUGUUCAACUACCUCUUGGCCAGGGCAACAGGGGGCCAAUUUGUCCUGCGUCUUGAAGACACAGACCAGUCUCGCCUGGUAAGAGAUGCCGAAACAAGGUUGUACAAAGACUUGAAAUGGGCCGGGCUGUUAUGGGACGAAGGUCCUGACAAAGAGGGACCAUAUGGACCCUACAGACAGUCCGAAAGGCUGCCUCUGUACCAAGAGCAUGCAGACAAGCUGGUGCGGGAAGGCAAGGCCUAUCGAUGCUUCUGCUCUCCAGAAGCACUCGAAGAACACAAGAUGGCUGCCCACGAGUCUGGGCAGUCCACCCUCUAUCCAGGCACAUGUCGCAACAUCUCCCUUGAGGAGUCCGACGAGCGCGCUCACAGGGGCGAACAGUUUGCCAUACGCUUCAAGAGCGGCCCUGAACCCAUCAUGAUUGAAGACAUUGUAUACAACCGUUUCAAGAAGAAGGAUCCCGAAGAUGACUACAUCAUCAUAAAGCGAGACGGAUUCCCAACCUACCACUUCGCCAAUGUUGUUGACGACCGCCACAUGAAGAUCACACAUGUCAUCCGGGGAGCGGAGUGGCUUGUUUCGACGCCAAAACACGUCGAGUUGUACCAGGCAUUCGACUGGCAGCCGCCACAGUUCGCCCACCUCGGCCUGCUUGUCGACAAGAAUCGGCAGAAGCUGAGCAAGCGCGACAACUCGGCCAACCUCGACUUUUAUCAGCGCGGCCACAUCCUCCCCGCUGCUCUUCUCAACUUUGCCGUCUUGCUGGGUUGGCGGGCCCCUCCUAGCACAAAGGAAGUCUUGACCCUGCAGGACAUGGUCGACAACUUCUCCCUCAAAUUCAGCAAAGGCGAUAUUAUCGUGUCCCUGCAAAAGCUACCCUACCUCCAGGAGAAGCAUGUAGAACGGCUAGCAGGAAACAACAACAGAUCCCCCGACGAAACGCACCUCCUCCAAAGACAUGUCCUCCAGCCCAUCCGGUCCGCCAUUGAAAAUAUCCAAAAAGCCAAGACUGACGGCCUCCUGUUGGCUCCCGGAGGCUACCUGACAGGGGAGAUCGGCGACCGGCUUCCCGUCCUCCACAUCCUAGACGAGCGCUUCCACAUGUACCUCGCCCGCAUGCUCCGCGGCACCAUGCGCAACACCGACAAGCCGGCGAACCGGUUUGCCGAGACGGCGUGGAAGCUCAGAUACCUGAUUUGGCGAGUGCCGGAGGGGCUUUUGGAAAUAUCGCUGCAAGAGGGCAGGCUCUACCCCAUCGUCCCGGCAAAGAGGGCCGGGCGGCUGGCCGAGGCCAUGACAUACCUAGUUGAAAAGUUCCGCGCCGUGGACGAACCCUCCUGGGGCCACGAGAUGGUGAAGAAGGCGUUGGGGGAGGUGUUAGCGGACGACGAGUACCAAGAUUUCUUUGAGACCGAGAACCCGGAUACCAAGGAUCUGCAGCUCAACGUGUAUAAGCCACUGCGGUGGGCGCUGCUGGGUACGGACAAGGGCCCGCCCAUAACCGAUACGAUGGAAAUUCUGGGCAGGAGUGAGUCCUUGCGGCGCCUGGAGGCGGGCAAGCUUGCUGCCGAGAAGGUGGCUGCUCAGAUGCCGCCUCCUAUCGUGAAAGAGUUGGCAGUCAAGGGGAACCAGCCGCUGCUUCCCAUAAGUGAUUCAGCAUCGGCUGCCGAGAGUGACCGGAUGCAGUAG